AUGGGAAGCAGCGAAGGGCAGCAGACGUUCUGCUUGAAGUGGAACCACCACAAGGCUAAUUUAGUGGAGAUUCUUGAGGCUCUUAUCAAAGUAGAGACCUACGUGGACUGUACGUUGGUAGUGGACGACCAGGUCACGUUCAAAGCGCAUCGAGUUGUGCUCGCCGCUAACUCCCCCUACUUUCAGUCUAUAUUAGCCGAUGUACCUAUGGAUCACUGUAGCAUUCUGUUUCCCGGCGUCAAGGAUUUUGAAAUGCGUGCUUUACUUGAAUAUAUGUACACUGGUGAGGUGAACGUAACCCAGGCGCAUAUCCCUCGCAUUAUGAAGGUGGCAGAAGAGUUGGAGGUGAAAGGGUUGUUUGAUAUGUCAGAACUCCGUCGUAGGCCGGGAAGUAGUGAACGGACACCAGCGGCCUCCCCUCCUAGAGUAGUGCCAGCUGCUCCUUCCAGCGUUUCUCCGCCCGUCUCCGCCCCUGCUCCGACUUGCCGCUGGCCACCACCACCGACUGCACCUGUUCUAUCCGCUGCCUACGAAUCUCCCGACAUGAAUCCACUGAAACGUAAAAAACUCUCCAGUAUGUUAGCUACCCGUGACACACCGAUUUUGAGAAAUGUCCUUGCCCAAACCUCGCCCGUCGAUUCUCCACAGCCUAUGUCCCUUGUAUGUCACCCUGUGAACCAGCACGCACCUCCGCGUCUUCACUCCAACGGGUCAGCUCAUGAAUCUGAUCGUCCUCCAAGCCCACAACGCGCAUUCGAAUAUCGCCCUCGAAGAUUAUCUUCAAGGGCCUCCUCUCCGCAUUAUAACCGAUCUGAUCGCUCAGAGGAUGCUCAUUCGCCUUACACGGAGCGCUCCUUUGAAGAAGAAAAUUCACGCACUUUCCAUUCCUCGCCUCCACCGCCGAGUUUCCAACAAGACGUAAGAGCGGGAUUAGCACCCUACGUACCACCACAACAAAAACCGGAGUGGAAACGAUAUAAACAAUACACAAGAUCCGACAUUAUGUCAGCUAUCGAAUGCGUGAGAAACGGGAUGAGUGCACUACAAGCGUCACGUAAAUACGGUGUUCCCUCACGCACACUUUAUGAUAAAGUUAAAAAACUCGGCAUAACAACAAGCCGACCGAUGAGCAGAGGCGUUAAAAGAGAACCGAACGGUGCCGCCUUUCCCUAUGGUUUAAGUGGUACUGGAGGUAACGAAGAAGGCACGCCGACAACACCUCUUAUAGAUCCAUCUUUCCUUCAACAAGCAUUGGAAGGCGCGACGAGAGAUGGUGGCCGGGAAGCUCUUCAUGCUAUGGCUUUAGCGGCCGCAGCACAUGCAGCUUUAGCUCCGAGAACACCCCCGAGGUCAGCUCCACAAUCACCACGCACGCCUCCGCCGGACGAAGACCACGUGGAAGAUCUCUCUGUAUCUCGCCGUAGAGACGCCGAUCAGCCAGCCGGAGUUAUAGUUCCACCUCGUAAUUUUGCUCUCGAUUGCAGCAGCGAAAGAGAUUGA